CUGUCCACAUGUUGAAGUGUAUUUGAGUGUGACACUGAACCCCAAGUUGAUCCCGGUGGCUGUCUACCAGAGUAUGUGGAUGUGGACUGUGAUUGGCCUUAAUAUCCUCACAAUGGUGCAUGGGUUUUCAAAUGGAAAUUUCCCACAGUCAUGUACAUCAAUGUUACCUGUACAUUUGGACAACAACAACAAACAAAUUCCUCCACAGAACACUGAAGCACCCUUUGAGGUCAGGACCCUACCUGUCAGUAGGGGAGAGCCUAUUACAGUUUUUCUCAAAAGCAAGACAUCAGUGGCAUUUCGGGGGUUUAUGUUGGAAGCUCAAAAGAAUAAAGACCGUCCUGUUGGAAGAUUUAUCUUGCUUGACACUAGUUUUGGACAACUCCUGGGCUGUAAUGGAUCAGCAGACUCAGCUGUUAGUAACAACAACAAUCUCGACAAGACUUCAAUCAGCGUUAACUGGACAGCACAGGGAGAAAACUCAGACAUCGUUUUCAGAGCCACAUUUCUUCAGACUUUUUCAAGAUACUGGACCUCAGUGAUUUCCACCCCACUUCCACAAACCACAAGUACCACAACACCAAGCACCUCAACAAGGACCACAACUCUAAAUACUACAACAAGUGCUACAACAACAACUGCAACACAAAGUGCUACAGCAAGUACCACAACACCAAAUACUUCAACAAGCAGCACAAUGGCAAGUACUAAAACAAGUAACAGAACACCGAGUACUACAAGUAUCACAACACCAAGCACUACAACAAGUACCAUAACACCAAGCACCUCAAAAAGGACCACAACUCUAAAUACUACAACAACAAGUACUACAACAACAACUGCAACACAAAGUGCUACAGCAAGUACCACAACACCAAAUACUUCAACAAGCAGCACAAUGGCAAGUACUAAAACAAGUAACAGAACACCGAGUACUACGAGUAUCACAACACCAAGCACUACAACAAGUACCAUAACACCAAGCACCUCAAAAAGGACCACAACUCUAAAUACUACAACAACAACCGCAACACAAAGUGCUACAAGUACCAUAACAUCAAAUAUGUCAACAAGUAGCACAACACCAAGUACUACAACAAGUACUACAGAGCCAAGUUUACUUUCUAUUGCAAGUACUGCAUCUAGUACCUCACCUACUGGACAAGUAUCCAGGCCAAUAAGGAGGGACACACAGCGAGCAGGUAUUACGAUGACAAGUUUCGACUGUGUUUUCGUGGUCAUGAAAAUGGGACUGUAUAAUAUAGACAACACUCUCACCAACAGCCCAGUUUUUCACCCUCUAAAUAAGGGGCUAAUAAUACUGUGCGGUGUACUUUGUGCAGCAACGGAAAUAGCGGCUUUGGUAUUGUUUAAUGAAGGAGAUUCCAAUAAAGUUACACUUGUUGCUCUUGUGUGUGUGGUUUUAGUGAUUAAUUUCAUUGAGCUGGUAAUCGUCUCUGUGCCAUGGGGACCCAGUCUUGAACUGAAGAAGAUGUGUAACCUUGCUGUCAAAGUGUGCUCUGUCAUUCAUGUGGUUUUUACAAUUGCUGUCACGUUUAUCGGUGUGUAUGAGACUGACAACUGCAGCAAGAACAUCGAAGAGUCUUGGCUUAUAAAAGUGAUGGCCGCUGACACAGCAUGGAUUUUCCUGUCCAUAAUCUGGGUUUUUGUAGCCAGUAUUCAGAGCCAAACAACAGUGGGCAGACACACAACAGGCGGUUCACAAAAUAGUGAGGAAUUUACUCUACAGGGACUGACACAACAGAGAUCAACACAACAGAGAAAAAAGAAGCAGCUCACUGCAGCCAAAGCAACUGUUGUUGGUGUUUCAGCGAUCAUCAGUGUUGGAGCCAUGGCUUUCAAUAUCGCUAUCAUUGUUGGAAUAUUUGGGUGUUCAGAAAAAUAAUAAGGUUUUGCACCAAGACACAUGAAGAUGUGUUGGAAUGUUGAUGCUUAGUUUUAUAUAUUAUAUUUUAUCAUACAUUUUAAAGUUAUUCAUUAGUGAUUACAAAGCGUAGCUUUUGUAAAGGUCAUUAAAACAUAUUGCAACAUUGUGUUUCUCUGGUUGGUACUUGAGCUGUAAAUAAGUGUUGAUUCAAAAUAACAAUAAAGUUGCCCAAUCUGAAAAUGCUGGACUGAUGUAUUACAUGGACUAUACGAUGCCAUGGAAAUUCUCAUUGUUCAGUGUGUAAGAAUAUAAAAAACUUGAAUAUCAAGAUAUUAAUAUUCCUUGGUACUUUAAUAGAUGUUAUGAAAAAUUCUGUUAUUAAACAUGAUUUAUGCUAUUUAAUGUGUUUUAAACUUUCAGAACAGAGCCAUGUGAGAAACUGGCUGUGUAGGCCUGAAGGACAUUUUCUGUCUUUCAUGUGAAACUCUGUGUGCUGUGAUAUACUCAACUACAGGAUGUUCAAGAUGAAGAGAGGCACAACACAGGCUAAACAUGUGUUCCAGUAUGAUUAUCUUCUAGAUUGCGUUAUCAGGGUAUGCCUUUUUACUAUGCUGUAUGAAACCUAGCUCAA